AACCCGACCCGACAGCAAAGAGUUAACUCGAAAGAGGAAACCCUAUCUGGUUGGACACACUGAGAAAUGCGAUUAUACUGCCUCGGGAUAACACUGGCGAGCGGACGGAUCGCGCACUCUACCGAGAAAGCUUAUUUUACAAGGUUAUCAUCACAUGCGAUUCCUCUGUAUCUCAAGAAACGAGCGCAAUAGAGUAGCCUAGCAACUAUUACUGUUGGGGCAGAACUGAGGUUUUCAGCAGGAUGUCGGUUCGCCCUGACAGAACCUACGCUGGGCCGAGAACACGCUUUCAGAACGGACUGCAGCUUGGCGUCCAGCAGCAGGUGAAUGGCCAGGUGCGCGUUCACGUGUGACAGUUCGUCUGACCGCUGGCCGUUAACGGGACUGUUUCUAAGAAGUGCACUGAUCCGCUACUCCAUUUCAAUUCAAAGAUUAGACCAGUCAGUGCGUUGCUGGACCAUGAAGCACCAUCAUCAGUUGUUCAGGUGUUUUUGGCGAACUCUCGUCACUGUUCUUCUGUUUGAAGGCACCCCGCUCCUGAUGUUCAGGGGGUCCCUCACUCUGACCUUAAACAGGGAUGACAGCAGCUUUACACGGAUAACUAACUCCUCUCAUAGUGUCACAAGUCACAGAAGAGAACUGAAGCCUCUGGCGAAGACAAGGCCGUUUGCUGUUAUUAAUGGAGUUAGGAGAAGUCUGAGUGAUGUUUUACAGAAUGGUCACCCAGACAGAUUGCAGUGUGGUUUACAACUGGGAAGCAGCACGUAUAUCUUGGACCUAGAGAAAAACAAAGCUCUUUUGCCAAAGCCGCCUAACGUGUUCUACUACCUGCCAAACGGAACUGGGGUGUCCAUGAAGGAGAACCCAGUGAUGCAUUGUUACUAUCAUGGUUCAGUGCAGGGUUUCCCUCAGUCCCGUGUGGCACUCAGCUCCUGCUCUGGGUUACGGGGAGUGAUAGUCAUUAACGCCACACUGAGCUUUGAGCUGCAUCCUGAGGAAGAAAAGCAUGACAGAGAAGAGGAAGGAAGAGGAGAAAUGGAAGAAGGAUGGAUGCACGGGAUCUACCCUACAGAUUCACAAACAUCAAAGUCUAAAGACUGUGGAGUGUCACAUACCUCUAUUCCUCCCAUUCAGAUCAUCCCACACACACACAGGAGUAAGAGAGACAUUCUCUCAGAGACCAAAUAUAUUGAGCUGGUGCUGGUGGUGGAUCAUAAAGAGUAUCUGAAUUAUCAGAAGAAUAAUAAAACCAUAAUUUACCGCAUGUUGGAUGUGGCAAACCAAGUAGACUGGUUCUACCGGCCACUCAAUGUACGUGUAGCUCUGGUGGGUCUGGAGAUCUGGAGUGACCAGGACAAAAUUAAAGUGGAUAAAAAUCCCACUGAAACUCUUAACCGCUUCCUGGAUUGGAGGACCGGGGACCUUCUACCACGACUACGGCAUGACAACGCACAGCUCAUCAUGGGUGAAUCAUUUGAUGGGACAACAGUUGGCAUGGCAUCUCAGUCGUCCAUGUGCUCAAAGGAUCGGUCAGGAGGAGUGAAUGUGGAUCACCUGGUGAGUGUGUUAGGUGUAGCAUCAACGGUGGCACACGAGUUGGGUCACAACCUGGGAAUGAGUCAUGAUACUGCCGACAGGCGCUGCCAGUGCCAGAACGAGCCUCGGCUUGGGGGCUGCAUCAUGGAGCCCUCCACUGGGUUUAUGCCCGGUCAACUCUUCAGCAGCUGCAGCGAACGGGAUCUCUCUCUCAGUCUACUGCACGGUGGUGGAAUGUGUCUGUUUAACGUGCCUCAGCCCGAGAGUCUUCAGGGAGGUCCGCGCUGCGGGAACCUGUAUGUAGAGAGAGGAGAGGAGUGUGACUGCGGCCUGCUGGAUGAGUGUAAUGAUCCUUGCUGCAAUGCCAGCACAUGUAAACUGGUUCCUGGGGCCCAGUGCUCUUCUGAUGGCAUCUGCUGUGAGAACUGCAAGUUGCGUGUGGCCGGGUCGGUGUGUCGGGAGCCGUUGGGAGAGUGUGAUUUACCGGAGUACUGCACUGGCACUUCACCUUACUGUCCUCCUAAUGUGUUUCUGCAGAACGGAGAGUCAUGCAAAGACGGGUCUUCCUACUGCUACAGUGGGGCGUGUGCCAGUCUGGAUGAGCAGUGUCAAAUGCUCUGGGGACAGAACUCCACCCAUGCUCCACCUAUCUGCUUUUCCUCUGUGAAUAAGCAGGGCAAUAAGUAUGGAAACUGUGGCCAGAUGUCCAACGGUUCCUACAUCCCCUGUUUGAAAGGUGAUGUGCACUGUGGUAGGAUCCAGUGUCAGGGUGGAAAUGAACGUCCUCUGCUGGGCUCCAACGCUGAGAUUCUGACCACAACAGUCAAACUGAACCAGAGUGACUUUACCUGCAGGGGCGCUUAUUUUAAUCUAGGUGAUGAUGUUUCCGACCCAGCCAUGGUGUCACAGGGGACAGCCUGUGGGCCCAGCAAGGCAUGUGUUGACCAACAGUGCCGGGACGUGGCCAUGUUUGGUGUUGAGGAAUGCCGCAGGAAGUGCAAUGGCCAUGGGGUGUGUAACAGUAAUAAGAACUGUCACUGUGAUGACGGCUGGGCUCCUCCUGACUGCAGAUACUCUGGAACCGGUGGCAGUGUGGACAGCGGCCCUGCACGAAAGCCCAAAGAUUCAGAUCCUGCACAGGUGGCUCUGCUGGUCAUUUUUCUGUUUGUGUUACCGGUUUCACUGCUGUUCGUCGCACUCCGUUUCCCCCGCUGUCGACGAGGUCUUGUGUACCUCGGCAACACUCCCUUCAACAAGUCCCGACAGAGCCGUGGUGUCUCAGUGGCCUACAUUGAAUACUGUGUGAAAGAGGAAAACCAGAGGACUCCUGCUGUGGAGCUUGCAAAUGCUCGAAAUGGAGAUCAGGUGCAACCGCUCAGGUACCAGUGGCCCCACCAGAGCGACAUCCCUCUCACCCAGGCUAUCAGCAAGGUCCAAAACAGCCCUGCUGCUCCAACUAAACCUCUUCCACCCGAUCCUGUCAUUAAACCUGCUCAGUUGGCGGGGCAUUGGCCCGCCCCUCCCACCAAACCCCUCCCUCCUGACCCCAUUCCCUCAGAGAGCAAAAUGCAGUGCAAGCCCACAGGAGCACGACCGGCUGCACCAAGCAAGCCUCUCCCUUCUGACCCUGUCCUCUCUACACAACAGAACCCUGUUCCCCCCAAACCCCCGGUUCCCAAGAAACCACUGCCUGUGAAUCUACCUUCAUCCCACGCUCCUCCACCCCCACUGCUGGGACAUCCAGGACCUGCCGCAUCUUCAUCAUCUUACUCGUGUAACCCUGCGUCAGCUGCUGCUCCUGCCAGACCUGCUCCUCAUCCACCUUUACGGAGACAGCAAUACCCUAGGAUACCCCACACUCUUCACCAAAUAUAGUCAGGAAGGAAACGCUGGCCCGGCUGCAAAUUUCUGGACUACAAAUUAUUUGUAUUUUUUCAGGAUUAUGUCUUGUUUAAUAGUAAAAAAUCUGUCCCCAUAAAACAAGCUAAAUUUGAGAAGAAAAACUGCAUAACAUAUUUAGACUUGUUUUUAUCAAAUAUAUUCUGAUUAUUUUGGGUAUAGCAUAUACCCUAUAUAUUUACACACACACACACACACAUAUA